AUGUCAGUUGAUAAUAACAAUGAAACUUUCGAUUAUGAAGAUAAUACUUAUCCUUCAUUGGAAAGUUCGUUCAGUCGAUCAAUUAAAUUUAAUAUUUUGAUUAGUUGUCAAAUUCCUUCCAUUAUUUGCAACUUGAUUAUAUUCUUUUAUUUUACUCGUUUACGAGAAUUACAAACAAAACGACAUCAUCAUGCUGUAAUAUGUUUAUUAAUAUGUAAUUUUCUAAUAAUAACAAUGGAAUUACCUAUUACUCUGGUGUAUCUUUAUUUUGGUGAACAUAUUCCAUCAUCUUAUUCGCUUUGUCUUUAUUGGAUUUAUAUUAAUUAUCUUCUUUUUGCGUCAAGUGUAUGGAUGAUGGCAAUAGCAUCAAUUCAAAGAUAUAUUUUCAUAUUUUAUAAACAUUUUAUGAAGUCUUAUCUCAAACAUUAUAUACCUAUUUUUUUACCACCUAUUUUAUUAUCUAUCUGGUAUUUUGUACUUAUUUUCUUUUAUCCAUGUCAACAACAAUUUGAUUAUACUCAAUUGUGGUGUUUUGGUGCAUGUUAUCUAUAUGAUGAAAUGAUUGGUACAAUCGAUUGGAUAGUUAGCUCAUUCAUACCGAUUGUAUUAACUGUUAUUUUCAAUAUUAUUCUUCUUCUACGAGUAAUUUAUCGAAAAUAUAAAAUGAAACGUGGUAAUACUUGGCGUACUACUCGUAAACUUUCUAUUCAACUUUUCUCAAUUUCAUUUCUUUUUCUAAGUAUUUAUUUACCAUUAAUCAUCUUUGGCUUAAUUCGAACUUGGAUUGAUCCAUACUUUCUAUAUGUUUUUACAAUGACUUAUUUGGCUUAUGUAGCAUAUUUUGUAUCAUUAUUAAUGCCAUUUAUUUGCUUAAUUAGUCUCCCUGAAAUUGUAACAAAGAUAAAAAGAUUAUGUUGUCUUAACAAUAGAGUAGAACCAAUACAACAACAACAAAUAGCAAUGACAUUAAUUACAAGACGAAAUAUUCAACAAACAUAA